AUGUCAUACCAUCCUCCCCCUCAGUCACCCCUUCAACUCCUCUUUAUGGGUACAGGCACCUCGACCGGACUACCCCUCACACCAUGUCUGACUCUGUCCAACCCUUACCCAGAAGCAUUCAGCGACAUGGUCCCCCUGCUCCGAGCCACAUCCGAGUCUGACUCUCCUAUGGCCCACAUCAAAGGAACUUGGAACCCCCAGGGGGAGUUCCCACGUAAUAUACCUUGUCCAUGCUGUCGAUCGGCGGUCGAUCAGGACGUCCCGGAAGGAUGGAAGAAUAAACGUGGUAAUACCGGUGUACUCGUACGGAAACAGAAUGAACAGACAGGUGAAUAUAAGAAUCUGUUGGUAGAUGUAGGUAAGACGUUUAGAGAGCAGGCGGCGAGGUUCUUUCCUAAAUGGGGGGUCAAGACUAUUGAUGCUGUGUUGUUGACCCAUGGACACGCAGAUGCGUAUUUCGGUCUAGACGAUUUGAGAGAAUGGUGUAUACGUCAAGGAAGAGCCAUACCCGUUUAUCUGAAUCAGGAGACAUACGAGAAAGUAUGCGAGGCUUUCCCAUAUAUGGUGGAUAAAACAAAAGCUUCAGGAGGAGGUGAUGUACCACAGCUGAUAUGGAAGAUAAUAAAAGAUGAUGAUCAGAUCGAUAUUGAGGGUAUCGAUGUGAAAGUUUUGGCCGUCCACCACGGUAUAUAUUUCCAUACCAUUCAACCUACAUCCUCCCCAACCACCACAUCUCCAUCAAAACGACUCGAGCCCGAACCGUUGAUAUGUCUGGGAUUCAUGUUUGACACUUCGAUUAUAUACAUCUCAGAUGUCAGUUCGAUCCCUGAACCAACCUGGCAACGGAUGUUAGAUCGCCGACGGAAGCCUAAAUCAAAAGCCAUACUACCUACACCGGAAGAUACACCCAUAUCUACACCAUCCAACGAAGAACACCAGGCGCAAGAUCAAUUACCUAUUCUGAUAAUCGACGCUUUAUGGCCAUUACGUCCUCACGCAUCUCAUUUCUCCCUCAAACAAGCUUUGCUCGCGGCCCUAAGACUCAAGCCGAAAUACACUUAUUUGAUUGGCUCCACGCAUCCUACGACGCAUUUCAUGUGGGAGGAAAUCUGCCUGGCGCUUCGUCCGGAAGGAGAAAAUGGGAAGAGAGAACAUCCUGAUAGAGUACAGAGUGAUUGGCUGGUAGAGAGAGUCAUCGACAGAGUCUAUAAUGAAAGAUCACAGAAAGAAGCGGGAAUAAAAGAACGAUGGAAUUUGGAGAAUAAAGAUGGGAUUGUUAGACCUGCUUGGGAUGGGUUGGUGCUCCAAACAACAAUAGAUGGAGAAGGAGAGAUGGAAAGACUUGACUUGUCGACGAGGGGACUGGUGUAUUAG